UCCACUCUUCCUUCCAGUUCAGAAUUGCCUCAUUUACAAGCAGUUUAUGCAGCUCCACUGACGUCAAUGGAGCGGUGUGUGAUGUAUAUAACCAUUGAGCUACAGGAGCUCCACUCCAGUCUGUCUGCAAACACUCUUCCUCACAAGUACCUUUGAAGCAACAGAAGACGAUCGAGAAGCGCGCGGCUGUGUCCAGCAUGAAGCCCGUCCCUUUGGUCCUGCUCAUUACUUCAGUCUUACUGACCACCCACAUCCCGCUGAGCACCUGUCGACCCCGCGAAAUGAGCUUUAUGAGCAGCCAGCUAGACGACGUGCUCCUAAACAGGGCUGGAGACGACGCCGUGUCGUUCCUGCUGGGCGAAAAACUCCUUCAGUAUUUGCAGAGAACCGUCGGAGCGCAGAAAGCAGGUGGUGUCCUGCAUCUCCAGCACUUCCCCACGGCGCAGCUGCGCUCUCCUCACGAGGACAACAGCUUAGAGGAGUUUUCCAAACGGAACGACGACCCUCCGAUCUCCAUCGACCUCACCUUCCACCUGCUGAGAAACAUGAUAGAAAUGGCGCGGAACGAGAAUCAAAGGGAACAGGCGGGACUCAACCGCAAAUAUCUAGAUGAGGUUGGGAAGUAGCUGUAGUUCAACGAUGAUGCUUUCAAUCGGCGAGUAAAGAACAAGCUCAAUGCACUCUUUCACACCCCCAAAACUCUCGCUAAAGCAUAGGCUACGACAUUCACCGAUGCCUCCUGCUCGACCCACACUCUUAGAAAUAAAGGUUCUUCAGUGGUUCUUUGGUUCAGCAAAUAACCUCCUUUGUCGUUGUUGAGUUGGCUGUGGUUUUUUGGAGAUUAAAAAAACAAAACAAAAAAAUCAUCUUCAAAUCAG